GCUGCACCGGCAUCGCACCGUAAUAAUGCACUGUUCUGCGCGCUCUGCACUGGCACUGGCACUGGCACUGCACGUCGUCGUCGCCCGUCGCCGCGGCCGCAAAUCCCUAAUAAUCCCCUGCCUGUCAACCCUGCAAGCGUCUGGGCUGGUUGGAGGCCCAAUCACUUGCGCGCAGAGCUGUCAACCUCUCGCACACUCCACUCUCCACUCGUCUCUCAACUCCUGGACACUGCUCAAGUCAAUCGUUCAUCUCGACUUGCAGUGCCAUCUCCUGUCCUUUCUUCUCUCCACUGUCUUCUGCACUCCAGAGGUCUUGACCUCGUUUCUUUUAUCCCUCUCUCCUCCUCCUCCUUCUCGGUCGUAGGACCUUCAGAUACAUCACAACCGAUCUGAGUAUCUUGCAUGUCCUCGACUACUCCUCUCCUUCACCUUCCACUACCAGCUCUCACCUAACCCUCCUGAGCCCUCACCGAGGCACACCUCAGCCUGCCCUGCUCGACAACUCUGUGCACUCUUUUGCAGAACGUUCUGGAUAGCGUCUGCCUUGAGUUAACAGCAGCAGUCCCACGACGUCAAUCUAAUUUCAAGCCAAGAAAAAGAUCUCACGUCGCGGGCAAGCCCUAGCCUCAUCCCAGCACGACAAGAUUAGGAGGUCUGGAAUAGACAACGUGCUCCCGGAAUUCCAAAGGCUCAGUGUGCUGGAGCUGGUAUCAUCUCGUGGUCUUCCUAGGGCUACAUUCCAACCUAGAGCCCCAAGCUCAGUCAGACGGAGGCGUUCAUUCGACCUCUGCUGCUCCCACGCACGAAGUGCCAAUUUGAUUGCCAUUCCAAUCCUUUGCCAGAUGAAGCAGUCGCGGUGAUCCCUGGUAACAAGGAUUGUGUAAUCGUCGUGCCGUCUCCCCCUUUCGUCUUUCCAAUCUAGAAGAACUCUUCUUCACUCCUUGGUUCCUGGCCACCUCCAGUCUUGUGCAAUAUUUGAUUACAUCAAUCACUUCCACUCCUUUUCAAACCCAACAAAUUCACUACUGCGAUUCACGUUUAUCCGUCAUUCAUUCACCCAGUUGCCAACCGUGGGCAGCUUUUUCUUCUACUCGAACUCGCCCUCCAUCCAAGAUUCCUCUACACAACCUGCACCAUGGCCUCUAACAGAAUCCCAUCAUUCGGUUCCAAUGACAGCGGAUACGAUAGUGGCAUCGUAGAAGUCUUCGACGAAGCCCCUUGUCCAGCCAUCAAAAAGGCGGACCAUGAGAAAGAGGUCGCCAGGCACCGACAACAUCUCAUGGCCUCUGAGUUGUCGAGAAGGGAUGCCGAGGAUUACCAAGAUGAUAUGCUCGAGCACAUGCUCAAGAUGGACAUUGAAACGAUGCCCGACGUCGAUGCUAUUGAUAUCCAGACCGAGAUUCAGUGGUUCAUGAGACCAUAUCUGCUUGACUUCCUGGUCGAAGCCCACUCUGCCUUUCAGCUCUUGCCCGAGACUUUGUUCCUUGCCAUCAACCUGCUCGACCGGUACUGCUCAAAGAGAGUCGUCUACAAACGCCACUACCAGCUCGUUGGCUGCGCUGCGCUCCUCAUCGCUGCGAAGUAUGGUGACAAGAAAGAGAAGGUCCCCACAAUCAAGGAGUUGAAGUCCAUGUGCUGCUCACUCUACGAUGACGAUAUGUUCCUGCAGAUGGAGUGGCAUGUUCUCUCGACCCUGGGCUGGGCUAUCGGCCAUCCUACCGUGGAUUCUUUCAUGCGUCUAGCCGUCAAGGACAACGUCUACGACCCUGAAACCGAGAGUUUGACACUGUACAUCCUUGAGAUUGCACUCUACCAUCGGGAGUUUGUUUCUAAGCGGGCAUCGACUCUUGCUCUCUCUGCCCUUGCCCUUGCACGACAUAUUCUGGGUCGGCAACAAUCACGAACGACUGAGUUUGGCUCACGCUACUGCAGCACUACGGUCAUGGAGCUGUUGCAGAAAGUCAAGGAACCAUCCACCAUACUGACCCGCAAAUAUGCCUCGGUGAGACACUCUAGCGUCUCGCGAAUCUUGACCAGCUACAUUGCCCAGAGAGCUGCCAGCGCUCGUGCACCAAUCACCCCCACCUACGACCUCACUCCACCUUGCGUAGCAGUCAAGCCCUCUGGACCAGAGUAUUUCAGAACAUACACCACUCCUCAGAAGCCUCAAUUCCCCGCGAUGGUUCAGCACGGACUGUACACUCCUCCAAUCACGCCUGAGGGAGAGAUGUUUGGAGUCACCCAGAAGACCUUCAACGCCCCAAACCAAUACGUCCCUCCCACUCCAACUCCCAACACGGUGAACAAUCAGUAUUCUGCGCAAUACCCGGUUUCCGUUCAGCAAUGGGCUGGUGAGACCUACUGAGGUGGCUUCCCUGCCCAGGCAGCAGGCCGCUGCCAUGGACAUAAAAUGCCAAAACAUCCCUUGGCAAGUCGAUCCUCGGUCAAGCAUGACCUGCCUGUCCAGUGUCUCACUAGAAAUGCAAGUCAUCAGCUGCGGAAGCCUUUUCAUUGCAUUGCAAGCGUCCCAUUCACUCAACAUUGUGCUAUUUGUCAACAACCAUGAAGACCACUGGUAUUUGCAGCACUCUCAACCCCAUCUGGGCAGGUGAUGUCAAAUCAGGUCGGUUGAAAAUGCCUUCCCUUCUUUUGUGGUUUUGCGGUCGAAUUCCACGGAAGAUGACGCCCAUCUUCGGUGGCUGAUGGGCAAAAUUGAUCUCAAACCGUGCUGGCGGAAUUGUGUGCGGCGGUCCAGCAAAUUUCCUGUAAUAAAUGAUCCAUGGACAGUGGAAAACCGGGCCAGAUGGAAAAAAUGGUAGAACUUGUUCUUCAGGGCCUUUCCGUCGAGAGAGGCCUUCGGCCGAGCGUGCCCUUCUGGGCUUUGUGCAAGGCUCAUCAGCAAGCGGAGCUUUUGCUUUAUGUGCUAACAUGGCUUGCGGCGUGCACAGGAUGGUCAUUCGGCAUUGAGCCUUGUCUUUUAUUAGCUUUUUUCCUUUUCAGUCCCUACCUACAAGGGAAAACAGAAAAGAGAAGAUACCCUGAACAGCGUUUCGUUAAUCAAUCAAUCAAUCAGUCAAUCGCAGAUCCUGCUUUUCUCUCAUCAUUUUGCUGCCUUGACUUCGCUAUUGCUCUACUGUAAAUUUAUCCCGCGGCUCUUCAACAGAUAGCCUGCCGAUCGCAGUUUUGAGAGAGGGCGUGUGCUUAGCCACACAGGCCAAUAAACAUUGCAAUGGCUCACUAUGGCAGAGAGAAGCCCUAUACUCACGAGUAAUUCCGGUUCCCACCAUGUCAAGAGGAGAUGGAACGAUACAACGAGCAAGGAGGAGACCAGACAUACGGGUAUCUAUGUGCAGGUGUGAUGGCUCACCGUGUAUUCCGAGAAAUAGCAAGGA